GUGAGCUCGAGCAGAACAGAUCUCUAUCGGGUCAGUGAAGAUGUUCCAGAUGAAGAUGCUGGAAUGGGCCAUAGUCCUACUGGGCCUGCAGUCUGUGUAUGCAGAUGUUGGGGACCGGAGGGCAGAAGAAUCGGAUGUUUUUUUGCCAACAACGGUCUUCCCCACUGUGCCAAAUCUGGUGAAAACAUCAGAACCUAAUCCGGAUCAUCAAACCACCAUCUGUAGCACCUGGGGAAAUUUUCACUUCAGGACCUUUGAUGGUCAUUUCUAUCAGAUGGCUGACACAUGUAACCACAUUCUGGCUGGGAUGUGUGACACACAUGUCUCAGAUUUUAACAUCCAAAUGCAAAGAACGAUUGUGAAUGGCUCGGUUACUUUCACCUCAGUCAAAUUAGAGCUGGAGGGGACGUCCAUCAAAUUUAGUCAAGGCAAGAUCUUCAUGGACGACCAAGAGGUAUAUAUUCCCAUGAGUCAGAAUGGAAUUAAAAUCGAGGGAAGCUCUUCGAGUGUUAAGGUCUCCAAAUAUGGGGUGACUGUUUUUUGGGAGGAAGAAGAUCACUCUAUGGUGAUUGAACUCGCUGAGAAGUACCGAGGUCUGACAUGUGGACUCUGUGGAAACUUCAAUGGCAACACGACUGAUGACGUAAUUGUAACAGAUCCAGAGACGUGGAAGGUGUCCACAUCAGCUGAACCCUGUGAAAAAGUUCCACUUCCCCCCAGCGAUCAGUGUGAAAACCAGGUUGACAUUUGUAAGCAGUAUCUGGAGAGUUCAGGGUUUGAUGACUGUCGCCCUCUGAUGGACCUGAGUUCAUUUGAGAAAGUUUGCGCAGACGACCUUUGUCAAUGUCCUGGCAAUCAAGACUGUGUCUGCAACACGCUUACAGAAAUAUCACGACAGUGCACGCAUGCUGGUGGCAGGCCCGGAACGUGGAGAACAGACAAUCUAUGUCCAAAGACAUGUCCACUAAACAUGGUAUACAUGGAGUGUGCUGGCCCAUGCAAAAACACCUGCUCCGCCCCAAAUGGAACCCUGCUGUGUACAGAUCACUGUACAGAUGGCUGUUUCUGCCCUGAGGGCACUGUGGAAGACAACAUUGGUAACAGUGGUUGCGUUCCUUUAAACAAAUGUCCAUGUAUGCACGACGGCACAAUAUACCAGACUGGAGAGUCAUACGAGCAAGCGUGUACAAAAUGCGAGUGUGCUGCUGGAUACUGGAGUUGCACGGAUCUGGACUGUCCUGGAAUCUGCUCUGUUGUGGGAGGCUCUCACAUCACCACCUAUGAUGGAAAAACUUACAGCUUUAAUGGCAACUGUGACUACAUCUUCACUAAGCACUCUAAUGACAGCAGUAUCGCUGUUGUUGGAAAUCUGGACAAGUGUGAGCCGAGCCGAACAGACAUGUGUUUGAAUUCUGUUACUCUGGUCAUGUCAGAGACCAUAGUGACCACUGUACUUGUUUCGUCCAGUGGGACUGUCACGCUAAAUGGAAUCAGUCCAGAUAAGUUUCCAAUAAUCACAGAGCAACUGGUCCUCUUCCAACCCUCAUCAUCCUUCAUUAUCGCUGAAACAAAGAGUCUUAGUCUAAAGAUCCAAAUUUCUCCAAUCAUGCAGGUGUAUAUUGUAGCCAGCACCUCAGAGAAAGGCAAAUUGAGUGGUCUGUGUGGGAACUAUAACGGUGUCCAGAAAGAUGAUUUUAAAACAGAUUCAGGCAUUAUAGAGGGAACACCAACAUCCUUUGUCAACUUUUGGAAAAAAAACCCAUACGGUUGUCCAGAUGUUGAAAACACAUUUGAUAACCCCUGCAGUCUGAGAGUGGAAACAGAAAAACUGGCAAAAGACUGGUGUUCCCGUCUGACGGAUCCAAAUGGAAUCUUCUCCUCGUGUCAUUCAGAAAUAACUCCUGACAUUUACUAUCAAAACUGCGUUUAUGACACCUGUAAGUGUGCUGAUAUUGAGAAGUGUAUGUGUGCUGCCCUCUCCGCCUAUGCCCAUGCAUGUGCCGCAAGAGGGAUCAUUCUUCACGGAUGGCUGGAUUCAUACCCCUGUGACGAAGUGUUCGAGUGUUCAGAAAAUAUGGAGUACUCCUACAAUGUGACCGGUUGUAGCAAAACCUGUCGUUCUAACUCUAAGACCGACUACAUCUGCAAAAUGUCUACACCUGUGGAAGGCUGUGUUUGUUCUGAAGGGACUUACCUAAACGAUGCAGGCGACUGUGUGAAUGCUGACCAGUGUCCUUGUUACUAUAACAACCUGCUCAUAGAGCCAUCAGGAUUAAUAAACAUUGAUGGUGCCAACUGCACCUGCACUCUCGGCAAAAUACACUGCUACAGUCCAGAAGACUGUGUGGCUCCAAUGGUCUACGUCAAAUGUUUGAUUAGUGAACAAGGAAAAACAGGAACAGAGUGUCAAAGGACAUGCCAGAACCAAGAUCCAAAUAACUGCGUCAGCACAGGUUGUGUAUCAGGUUGUAUGUGCCCAGAUAACCUGCUAGCCGAUGGUCAAGGUGGCUGUGUAGAGAAGGAAAACUGUCCCUGUUUUCACAAUGGAUUAACUUAUUUACCUGGGGAUGAGAUUCAAGAUGAAUGCAACACCUGCAAAUGCACAAAAGGGAUGUGGAGUUGUACUGGUAAAGAUUGUUACGGCACCUGUACCAUCUAUGGUGAAGGACAUUAUAAGACUUUCGAUGGAAGAAAAUAUUUUUACCACGGAGCCUGUGAAUACAUCUUAGCACAAGAUUACUGCAACAUGGGGGAGAGUCAAUACUCAUUACGUAUUGUUACAGAGAACAUUCCCUGUGGCUCCACCGACUCCAUUUGCUCCAAAUCUAUCAAUGUUUUCUUUGGGAGAUUCAAGGUGGUUUUAUCUGAAGUGGAUGGAGUAAAAGUUGUUGAAACCAAUGGAACUGAUUACCAAUAUCAAAUCAAUUCUGUGGGGAUUUACAAAGUCAUUGAGAUCAAAAAGCUUUUAAACUUAAUUUGGGAUGGCAAAACAACCCUGACGCUCCAACUCCAUCCCAGCUUAAAGGGCAAAGUGUGUGGACUGUGUGGAAACUUUGACGGUAAUGCAAAUAACGACUUUGUAAAGCACGAUGGAGAAGUCGUCACUGAUGCGGUGGUGUUUGGGAAUAGCUGGAAAGUGAAACCAAGCUGCCCAGAAGUGGACAGUUUGAAAGACCCUUGUCAGAAAAACCCUCACCGGAGUGUCUGGGCUAUCAAACAAUGCAGCAUCAUUACAAGCAAUGUCUUUCAAGACUGCCAUGCACAUGUGGACUCUGCCCCAUACUAUGAUGCCUGUGUGAGGGACACCUGUGCAUGUGAUUCUGGUGGAGACUGUGAUUGUUUCUGUACAGCAGUGGCUGCUUAUGCGGCUGAAUGCCGAAAGAAAGAGGCUUGCAUUGCAUGGCGGACUCCACAUAUUUGUCCUUUAUUCUGUGACUACUAUAAUGGCCCAGUGGGAGACUGUGAGUGGCACUACAGAGCCUGUGGUUCAGCCUGCAUGAAAACAUGCAAAAACCCAGAAGGGACCUGUUCCAAUCAAAUUCCUCUACUAGAAGGUUGUUUUCCUCAGUGCCCUUCUGACAGGCCAUUUUUAAAGGAAGAAACUCAAAAAUGUGUCACAGAGAUAGAGUGUGCUCCUACGUGUGUAUAUGAUGGGAAGGAGUUCAUGAUUGGAGAAGAAGUGUACCACACCACAGAUGGAAAUGGCUUGUGUUUCAAAGCUGUGUGUGGAUCAAAUGCAACAAUAAUUAGAUAUAUGGAAACUUGUGUCACAACAGCUACACCAUUUACUUUCCAAAGUACAAAAACAUCAACAACACCAACAACCAGACAACCAUCGACAACAACACAACCAACAACAGCUACUAAAACCACUAGUUUGUCUGUAACAACAGGAACACCAACAACACAACCAACAACAGCUAAACAAACCACUGGUGCUUCAACAACUGCAGGACCAUCAACAGAAACAGCAGAAUCAACAACACAAGUAUCAACAACUUUUCAUACAACUGGUUUGUCCACAACUACAGCACCACCAACAACACAACCAACAACAGCUACACAAACCACUGGUGCUUCCACAACUGCAGGACCAUCAACAGAAACAGCACAAUCAACAACACAAGUAUCAACAACUUCUCAUACAACUGGUUUGUCCACAACUACAGGACCAUCAACAGGAACAGCAGAAUCAACAACACAAGUAUCAACAACUUCUCAUACAACUGGUUUGUCCACAACUACAGGACCACCAACAACACAACAAACAACAGCUACACAAACCACUGGUGCUUCCACAACUGCAGGACCAUCAACGGAAACAGCAGAAUCAACAACACAAGUAUCAACAACUUCUCAUACAACUGGUUUGUCCACAACUACAGCACCACCAACAACACAACCAACAACAGCUACACAAACCACUGGUGCUUCCACAACUGCAGGACCAUCAACGGAAACAGCAGAAUCAACAACACAAGUAUCAACAACUUCUCAUACCACUGGUUUGUCCACAUCAACAGGAACAGCAGAAUCAACAACACAAGUAUCAACAACUUCUCAUACCACUGGUUUGUCCACAACUACAGGACCACCACCAACACAACCAACAACAGCUACACAAAUAACUGAUACGUCCACAACUGCAGGACCAUCAACAGGAACAGCACAAUCUACAACAAAAGUAUCAACAACUUCUCAUACCACUGGUUUGUCAACAACUACAGGACCACCAACAACACAACCAACAAAAGCUACACAAACGACUGAGGCAUCCACAACUGCAAGACCUUCAACAGGAAAAGCACAAUCAACAACACAAGUAUCAACAACUUCUCAUACCACUGGUUUGUCCACAACUACAAGACCACCAACAACACAACCAACAACAGCUACACAAACCACUAGUGCUUCCACAACUGCAGGACCAUCAACAGUAACAGCACAAUCAUCAACACAAGUAUCAACAACUUCUCAUACCACUGGUUUGUCCACAACAACAGGAACACCAACAACACAACCAACAACAGCUACACAAACCACUGGUGCGUCCACAACUGCAGGACCAUCCACAGGAAUAGUACAAUCAACAACACAAGUAUCAACAACUUCUCAUACCACUGGUUUGUCCACAACUACAAGACCAUCACCGACAGAACCAACAACAGCUACACAAACCACUAGUGCUUUCACAACUGCAGGACCAUCAACAGUAACAGCAAAAUCAUCAACACAAGUAUCAACAACUUCUCAUACCACUGGUGUGUCCACAACUACAGGACCACCACCAACACAACCAACAACAGCUACACAAACCACUGGUGCGUCCACAACUGCAGGACCAUCAACAGGAACAUCACAAUCAACAACACAAGUAUCAACAACUUCUCAUACCACUACUUUGUCCACAACAACAGGACCACCACCAACAACACCAACAACAGCUACACAAACCACUGGUGCGUCCACAACUGCAAGGCCAUCAACAGGAACACCACAAUCAACAACACGAGUAUCAACAACUUCACAAACCACUGGUUUGUCCACAACAACAGGACCACCACCAACAACAGCUACACAAACCACUGGUGCGUCCACAACUGCAGGAACGUCAACGGGAACAGCACAAUCAACAACACAAGUAUCAACAACUUCUCAUACCACUGGUUUGUCCACAACAACAGGACCACCACCAACAAAACCAACAACAGCUACACAAACCACUGGUGCGUCCACGACUGCAGGACCAUCAACAGGAACAUCACAAUUAACUACACGAGUAUCAACAACUUCUCAUACCACUGGUUUGUCCACAACUACAGGACCACCACCAACAACAGCUACACAAACCACUGGUGCGUCCACAACUGCAGGAACGUCAACGGGAACAGCACAAUCAACAACACAAGUAUCAACAACUUCUCAUACCACUGGUUUGUCCACAACAACUGGACCACCACCAACAAAACCAACAACAGCUACACAAACCACUGGUGCGUCCACAACUGCAGGACCAUCAACAGGAACAUCACAAUUAACAACACAAGUAUCAACAACUUCUCAUACCACUGGUGUGUCCAAAACAACAGAACCACCACCAACAAAACCAACAACAGCUACACAAACCACUGGUGCGUCCACAACUGCAGGACCAUCAACAGGAACAUCACAAUUAACAACACGAGUAUCAACAACUUCUCAUACACCUGGUUUGUCCACAACAACAGGAUCACCACCAACAACAGGACCAAAACCAACAACAGCUACACAAACCACAGGUGCGUCCACAACUGCAGGAACAUCAACGGGAACAGCACAAUCAACAAUACAAGUAUCAACAACUUCUCAUACCACUGGUUUGUCCACAACAACAGGACCACCAACAACACAACCAACAACAGCUACACAUACCACUGGUAUGUCCACAACUGCAGGACCACCAACAACACAACCAAAAACAACUACACAAACGACUGGUGCUUCCACAACUGCAGGAACGUCAACGGGAACAGCACAAUCAACAACACAAGUAUCAACAACUUCUCAUACUACUGGUUUGUCCACAACAACAGGACCACCACCAACAAAACCAACAACAGCUACACAAACCACUGGUGCGUCCACAACUGCAGGACCAUCAACAGGAACAUCACAAUUAACAACACGUGUAUCAACAACUUCUCAUACCACUGGUUUGUCCACAACAACAGGACCACCACCAACAACAGCUACACAAACCACUGGUGCGUCCACAACUGCAGGACCAUCAACAGGAACAUCACAAUUAACAACACAAGUAUCAACAACUUCUCAUACCGCUGGUUUGUCCGCAACAACAGGACCACCACCAACAAAACCAACAACAGCUACACAAACCACUGGUGCGUCCACAACUGCAGGACCAUCAACAGGAACAUCACAAUUAACAACACAAGUAUCAACAACUUCUCAUACCGCUGGUUUGUCCGCAACAACAGGACCACCACCACCAACAAAACCAACAACAGCUACACAAACCACUGGUGCGUCCACAACUGCAGGACCAUCAACAGGAACAUCACUAUUAACAACACGAGUAUCAACAACUUCUCAUACCACUGGUUUGUCCACAACAACAGGACCACCACCAACAACAGCUACACAAACCACUGGUGCGUCCACAACUGCAGGACCAUCAACAGGAACAUCACAAGUAACAACACAAGUAUCAACAACUUCUCAUACCACUGGUUUGUCCACAACAACAGGACCACCACCAACAAAACCAACAACAGCUACACAAACCACUGGUGCGUCCACAACUGCAGGACCAGCAACAGGAACAUCACAAUUAACAACACAAGUAUCAACAACUUCUCAUACCACUGGUUUGUCCACAACAACAGGACCACCACCAACAAAACCAACAACAGCUACACAAACCACUGGUGCGUCCACAACUGCAGGACCAUCAACAGGAACAUCACAAUUAACAACACGAGUAUCAACAACUUCUCAUACCACUGGUUUGUCCACAACAACAGGACCACCACCAACAACAGCUACACAAACCACUGGUGCAUCCACAACUGUAGGAACGUCAGCGGGAACAGCACAGUCAACAACACAAGUAUCAACAACUUCUCAUACCACUGGUUUGUCCACAACAACAGGACCACCACCAACAAAACCAACAACAGCUACACAAACCACUGGUGCGUCCACAACUGCAGGACCAUCAACAGGAACAUCACAAUUAACAACACAAGUAUCAACAACUUCUCAUACCGCUGGUUUGUCCGCAACAACAGGACCACCACCACCAACAAAACCAACAACAGCUACACAAACCACUGGUGCGUCCACAACUGCAGGAACAUCAACAGGAACACCACAAUCAACAACACAAGUAUCAACAACUUCUCAUACCACUGGUUUGUCCACAACUACAGGACCAACAACAACAACAGCUACACAAACCACUGGUGCGUCCACAACUGCAGGAACGUCAACGGGAACUUCACAAUUAACAACACGAGUAUCAACAACUUCUCAUACCACUGGUUUGUCCACAACAACAGGACCACCACCAACAACAGCUACACAAACCACUGGUGGGUCCACAACUGCAGGAACGUCAACAGGAACAGCACAAUCAACAACACAAGUAUCAACAACUUCUCAUACCACUGGUUUGUCCACAACAACAGGACCACCACCAACAAAACCAACAACAGCUAUACAAACCACUGGUGCGUCCACAACUGCAGGAACAUCAACAGGAACAGCACAAUCAACAACACAAGUAUCAACAACUUCUCAUACCACUGGUCUGCCCACAACAACAGGACCACCACCAACAAAACCAACAACAGCUACACAAACCACUGGUGCGUCCACAACUGCAGGACCAUCAACAGGAACAUCACAAUUAACAACACGAGUAUCAACAACUUCUCAUACCACUGGUUUGUCCACAACAACAGGACCACCACCAACAACAGCUACAAAAACCACUGGUGCGUCCACAACUGCAGGAACGUCAACGGGAACAGCACAAUCAACAACACAAGUAUCAACAACUUCUCAUACCACUGGUUUGUCCACAACAACAGGACCACCACCAACAAAACCAACAACAGCUACACAAACCACUGGUGCGUCCACAACUGCAGGACCAUCAACAGGAACAUCACAAUUAACAACACAAGUAUCAACAACUUCUCAUACCGCUGGUUUGUCCGCAACAACAGGACCACCACCACCAACAAAACCAACAACAGCUACACAAACCACUGGUGCGUCCACAACUGCAGGACCAUCAACAGGAACAUCACUAUUAACAACACGAGUAUCAACAACUUCUCAUACCACUGGUUUGUCCACAACAACAGGACCACCACCAACAACAGCUACACAUACCACUGGUGCGUCCACAACUGCAGGAACAUCAACGGGAACAGCACAAUCAACAACACAAGUAUCAACAACUUCUCAUACCACUGGUUUGUCCACAACAACAGGACCACCACCAACAAAACCAACAACAGCUACACAAACCACUGGUGUGUCCACAACUGCAGGACCAUCAACAGAAACAUCACUAUUAACAACACGAGUAUCAACAACUUCUCAUACCACUGGUUUGUCCACAACAACAGGACCACCACCAACAACAGCUACACAAACCACUGGUGCGUCCACAACUGCAGGAACGUCAACGGGAACAGCACAAUCAACAACACAAGUAUCAACAACUUCUCAUACCACUGGAUUGUCCACAACAACAGGACCACCACCAACAAAACCAACAACAGCUACACAAACCACUGGUGCGUCCACAACUGCAGGACCAUCAACAGGAACAUCACAAUUAACAACACAAGUAUCAACAACUUCUCAUACCACUGGUUUGUCCACAACAACAGGACCACCCCCAACAAAACCAACAACAGCUACACAAACCACUGGUGCGUCCACAACUGCAGGACCAUCAACAGGAACAUCACAAUUAACAACACAAGUAUCAACAACUUCUCAUACCACUGGUUUGUCCACAACAACAGGACCACCACCAACAAAACCAACAACAGCUACACAAACCACUGGUGCGUCCACAACUGCAGGACCAUCAACAGGAACAUCACAAUUAACAACACGAGUAUCAACAACUUCUCAUACCACUGGUUUGUCCACAACAACAGGACCACCACCAACAACAGCUACACAAACCACUGGUGCAUCCACAACUGUAGGAACGUCAACGGGAACAGCACAAUCAACAACACAAGUAUCAACAACUUCUCAUACCACUGGUUUGUCCACAACAACAGGACCACCACCAACAAAACCAACAACAGCUACACAAACCACUGGUGCGUCCACAACUGCAGGACCAUCAACAGGAACAUCACAAUUAACAACACAAGUAUCAACAACUUCUCAUACCGCUGGUUUGUCCGCAACAACAGGACCACCACCAACAACAAAACCAACAACAGCUACACAAACCACCGGUGCGUCCACAACUGCAGGACCAUCAACAGGAACACCACAAUCAACAACACAAGUAUCAACAACUUCUCAUACCACUGGUUUGUCCACAACUACAGGACCAACAACAACAACAGCUACACAAACCACUGGUGCGUCCACAACUGCAGGACCAUCAACAGGAACAUCACAAUUAACAACACAAGUAUCAACAACUUUUCAUACCACUGGUUUGUCCACAACAACAGGACCACCACCAACAAAACCAACAACAGCUACAAAAACCACUGGUGCGUCCACAACUGCCGGACCAUCAACAGGAACAUCACAAUCAACAACACAAGUAUCAACAACUUCUCAUACCACUGGUUUGUCCACAACAACAGGACCACCACCAACAAAACCAACAACAGCUACACAAACCACUGGUGCGUCCACAACUGCAGGAACGUCAACGGGAACACCACAAUCAACAACGCAAGUAUCAACAACUUCUCAUACCACUGGUUUGUCCACAACAACAGGACCACCACCAACAAAACCAACAACAGCUACACAAACCACUGGUGCGUCCACAACUGCAGGAACGUCAACGGGAACACCACAAUCAACAACGCAAAUAUCAACAACUUCUCAUACCACUGGUUUGUCCACAACAGGACCACCACCAACAAAACCAACAACAGCUACACAAACCACUGGUGCGUCCACAACUGCAGGACCAUCAACAGGAACAUCACAAUUAACAACACAACUAUCAACAACUUCUCAUACCACUGGUUUGUCCACAACAACAGGACCACCACCAACAAAACCAACAACAGCUACACAAACCACUGGUGUGUCCACAGCUGUAGGACCAUCAACAGGAACACCACAAUCAACAACACGAGUAUCAACAACUUCUCAUACCACUGGUUUGUCCACAACAACAGGACCACCACCAACAAAACCAACAACAGCAACACAAACCACUGGUGCGUCCACAACUGCAGGAACGUCAACGGGAACAGCACAAUCAACAACACAAGUAUCAACGACUUCUCAUACCACUGGUUUGUCCACAACAACAGGACCACCAACAACACAACCAACAACAGCUACACAAACCACUGGUGCGUCCACAACUGCAGGACCAUCAACAGGAACAUCACAAUUAACAACACAAGUAUCAACAACUUCUCAUACCACUGGUUUGUCCACAACAACAGGACCACCACCAACAAAACCAACAACAGCUACACAAACCACUGGUGCGUCCACAACUGCAGGACCAUCAACAGGAACAUCACAAUUAACAACACGAGUAUCAACAACUUCUCAUACCACUGGUUUGUCCACAACAACAGGACCACCACCAACAACAGCUACACAAACCACUGGUGCAUCCACAACUGUAGGAACGUCAACGGGAACAGCACAAUCAACAACACAAGUAUCAACAACUUCUCAUACCACUGGUUUGUCCACAACAACAGGACCACCACCAACAAAACCAACAACAGCUACACAAACCACUGGUACGUCCACAACUGCAGGACCAUCAACAGGAACAUCACAAUUAACAACACAAGUAUCAACAACUUCUCAUACCGCUGGUUUGUCCGCAACAACAGGACCACCACCACCAACAAAACCAACAACAGCUACACAAACCACUGGUGCGUCCACAACUGCAGGACCAUCAACAGGAACACCACAAUCAACAACACAAGUAUCAACAACUUCUCAUACCACUGGUUUGUCCACAACUACAGGACCAACAACAACAACAGCUACACAAACCACUGGUGCGUCCACAAAUGUAGGACCAUCAACAGAAACAUCACAAUCAACAACACGAGUAUCAACAACUUCUCAUACCACUGGUUUGUCCACAACAACAGGACCACCACCAACAAAACCAACAACAGCUACACAAACCACUGGUGCGUCCACAACUGCAGGACCAUCUACAGGAACUCCACAAUCAACAACACGAGUAUCAACAACUUCUUAUACCACUGGUUUGUCCACAACAACAGGACCACCACCAACAAAACCAACAACAGCUACACAAACCACUGUUGUGUCUACAACUGCAGGACCAUCAACAGGAACAUCACAAUUAACAACACAAGUAUCAACAACUUUUCAUACCACUGGUUUGUCCACAACAACAGGACCACCACCAACAAAACCAACAACAGCUACAAAAACCACUGGUGUGUCCACAACUGCCGGACCAUCAACAGGAACAUCACAAUCAACAACACAAGUAUCAACAACUUCUCAUACCACUGGUUUGUCCACAACAACAGGACCACCACCAACAAAACCAACAACAGCUACACAAACCACUGGUGCGUCCACAACUGCAGGACCAUCAACAGGAACAUCACAAUUAACAACACAAGUAUCAACAACUUUUCAUACCACUGGUUUGUCCACAACAACAGGACCACCACCAACAAAACCAACAACAGCUACAAAAACCACUGGUGCGUCCACAACUGCCGGACCAUCAACAGGAACAUCACAAUCAACAACACAAGUAUCAACAACUUCUCAUACCACUGGUUUGUCCACAACAACAGGACCACCACCAACAAAACCAACAACAGCUACACAAACCACUGGUGCGUCCACAACUGCAGGACCAUCAACAGGAACAUCACAAUUAACAACACAAGUAUCAACAACUUCUCAUACCGCUGGUUUGUCCGCAACAACAGGACCACCACCACCAACAAAACCAACAACAGCUACACAAACCACUGGUGCGUCCACAACUGCAGGACCAUCAACAGGAACAUCACAAUUAACAACACAAGUAUCAACAACUUCUCAUACCACUGGUUUGUCCACAACAACAGGACCACCACCAACAAAACCAACAACAGCUACACAAACCACUGGUGUGUCCACAACUGUAGGACCAUCAACAGGAACACCACAAUCAACAACACAAGUAUCAACAACUUCUCAUACCACUGGUUUGUCCACAACAACAGGACCACCACCAACAAACCCAACAACAGCUACACAAACCACUGGUGCGUCCACAAUAGCAGGAACGUCAACAGGAACACCACAAUCAACAACACAAGUAUCAACAACUUCUCAUACCACUGGUUUGUCCACAACAACAGGACCACCACCAACAAAACCAACAACAGCUACACAAACCACUGGUACGUCCACAACUGCAGGACCAUCAACAGGAACAUCACAAUUAACAACACAAGUAUCAACAACUUCUCAUACCGCUGGUUUGUCCGCAACAACAGGACCACCACCAACAAAACCAACAACAGCUACACAAACCACUGGUGCGUCCACAACCGCAGGACCAUCAACAGGAACACCACAAUCAACAACACAAGUAUCAACAACUUCUCAUACCACUGGUUUGUCCACAACUACAGGACCAACAACAACAACAGCUACACAAACCACUGGUGCGUCCACAACUGUAGGACCAUCAACAGAAACAUCACAAUCAACAACACGAGUAUCAACAACUUCUCAUACCACUGGUUUGUCCACAACUACAGGACCACCACCAACAAAACCAACAACAGCUACACAAACCACUGGUGCGUCCACAACUGCAGGAACGUCAACAGGAACACCACAAUCAACAACACAAGUAUCAACAACUUCUCAUACCACUGGUUUGUCCACAACAACAGGACCACCACCAACAAAACCAACAACAGCUACACAAACCACUGGUGUGUCCACAGCUGUAGGACCAUCAACAGGAACACCACAAUCAACAACACGAGUAUCAACAACUUCUCAUACCACUGGUUUGUCCACAACAACAGGACCACCACCAACAAAACCAACAACAGCUACACAAACCACUGGUGCGUCCACAACUGCAGGAACGUCAACGGGAACAGCACAAUCAACAACACAAGUAUCAACAACUUCACAUACCACUGGUUUGUCCACAACAACAGGACCACCAACAACACAACCAACAACAGCUACACAAACCACUGGUGCGUCCACAACUGCAGGACCAUCAACAGGAACACCACAAUCAACAACACAAGUAUCAACAACUUCUCAUACCACUGGUUUGUCCACAACAACAGGACCACCAACAACACAACCAACAACAGCUACACAAACCACUGGUGCGUCCACAACUGCAGGACCAUCAACAGGAACACCACAAUCAACAACACAAGUAUCAACAACUCCUCAUACCACUGGUUUGUCCACAACAACAGGACCACCACCAACAAAACCAACAACAGCUACACAAACCACUGGUGUGUCCACAGCUGUAGGACCAUCAACAGGAACACCACAAUCAACAACACGAGUAUCAACAACUUCUCAUACCACUGGUUUGUCCACAACAACAGGACCCCCACCAACAAAACCAACAACAGCUACACAAACCACUGGUGCGUCCACAACUGCAGGAGCGUCAACGGGAACAGCACAAUCAACAACACGAGUAUUAACAACUUCUCAUACCACUGGUUUGUCCACAACAACAGGACCACCACCAACAAAACCAACAACAGCUACACAAACCACUGGUGCGUCCACAACUGCAGGACCAUCAACAGGAACAUCACAAUUAACAACACAAGUAUUAACAACUUCUCAUUCCACUGGUUUGUCCACAACAACAGGACCACCACCAACAAAACCAACAACAGCUACACAAACCACUGGUGUGUCCACAACUGUAGGACCAUCAACAGGAACACCACAAUCAACAACACAAGUAUCAACAACUCCUCAUACCACUGGUUUGUCCACAACAACAGGACCACCACCAACAAAACCAACAACAGCUACACAAACCACUGGUGCGUCCACAACUGCAGGACCAUCAACAGGAACAUCACAAUUAACAACACAAGUAUUAACAACUUCUCAUACCACUGGUUUGUCCACAACAACAGGACCACCACCAACAAAACCAACAACAGCUACACAAACCACUGGUGCGUCCACAACUGUAGGACCAUCAACAGGAACACCACAAUCAACAACACGAGUAUCAACAACUUCUCAUACCACUGGUUUGUCCACAACAACAGGACCACCACCAACAAAACCAACAACAGCUACACAAACCACUGGUGUGUCCACAGCUGUAGGACCAUCAACAGGAACACCACAAUCAACAACACGAGUAUCAACAACUUCUCAUACCACUGGUUUGUCCACAACAACAGGACCCCCACCAACAAAACCAACAACAGCUACACAAACCACUGGUGCGUCCACAACUGCAGGAACGUCAAUGGGAACAGCACAAUCAACAACACAAGUAUCAACAACUUCACAUACCACUGGUUUGUCCACAACAACAGGACCACCAACAACACAACCAACAACAGCUACACAUACCACUGGUAUGUCCACAACUGCAGGACCAUCAACAGGAACAUCACAAUUAACAACACAAGUAUCAACAACUUCUCAUACCACUGGUUUGUCCACAACAACAGGACCACCACCAACAAAACCAACAACAGCUACACAAACCACUGGUGCGUCCACAACUGCAGGAACGUCAACGGGAACACCACAAUCAACAACACAAGUAUCAACAACUUCUCAUACCACUGGUUUGUCCACAACAACAGGACCACCACCAACAAAACCAACAACAGCUACACAAACCACUGGUGCGUCCACAACUGCAGGACCAUCAACAGGAACAUCACAAUUAACAACACAAGUAUCAACAACUUCUCAUACCACUGGUUUGUCCACAACAACAGGACCACCACCAACAAAACCAACAACAGCUACACAAACCACUGGUGUGUCCACAACUGUAGGACCAUCAACAGGAACACCACAAUCAACAACACAAGUAUCAACAACUUCACAUACCACUGGUUUGUCCACAACAACAGGACCACCAACAACACAACCAACAACAGCUACACAAACCACUGGUGCGUCCACAACUGCAGGACCAUCAACAGGAACACCACAAUCAACAACAAAAGUAUCAACAACUUCUCAUACCACUGGUUUGUCCACAACAACAGGACCACCACCAACAAAACCAACAACAGCUACACAAACCACUGGUGCGUCCACAACUGCAGGACCAUCAACAGGAACAUCACAAUUAACAACACAAGUAUCAACAACUUCUCAUACCACUGGUUUGUACACAACAACAGGACCACCACCAACAAAACCAACAACAGCUACACAAACCACUGGUGUGUCCACAACUGUAGGACCAUCAACAGGAACACCACAAUCAACAACACGAGUAUCAACAACUUCUCAAACCACUGGUUUGUCCACAACAACAGGACCACCACCAACAAAACCAACAACAGCUACACAAACCACUGGUGUGUCCACAGCUGUAGGACCAUCAACAGGAACACCACAAUCAACAACACGAGUAUCAACAACUUCUCAUACCACUGGUUUGUCCACAACAACAGGACCCCCACCAACAAAACCAACAACAGCUACACAAACCACUGGUGCGUCCACAACUGCAGGACCAUCAACAGGAACACCACAAUCAACAACACAAGUAUCAACAACUCCUCAUACCACUGGUUUGUCCACAACAACAGGACCACCACCAACAAAACCAACAACAGCUACACAAACCACUGGUGCGUCCACAACUGCAGGACCAUCAACAGGAACACCACAAUCAACAACACAAGUAUCAACAACUUCACAUACCACUGGUUUGUUCACAACAACAGGACCACCAACAACACAACCAACAACAGCUACACAAACCACUGGUGCGUCCACAACUGCAGGACCAUCAACAGGAACACCACAAUCAACAACACAAGUAUCAACAACUUCUCAUACCACUGGUUUGUCCACAACAACAGGACCACCACCAACAAAACCAACAACAGCUACACAAACCACUGGUGCGUCCACAACUGCAGGACCAUCAACAGGAACAUCACAAUUAACAACACAAGUAUCAACAACUUCUCAUACCACUGGUUUGUCCACAACAACAGGACCACCACCAACAAAACCAACAACAGCUACACAAACCACUGGUGCGUCCACAACUGCAGGAACGUCAACGGGAACACCACAAUCAACAACACAAGUAUCAACAACUUCUCAUACCACUGGUUUGUCCACAACAACAGGACCACCACCAACAAAACCAACAACAGCUACACAAACCACUGGUGCGUCCACAACUGCAGGACCAUCAACAGGAACAUCACAAUUAACAACACAAGUAUCAACAACUUCUCAUACCACUGGUUUGUCCACAACAACAGGACCACCACCAACAAAACCAACAACAGCUACACAAACCACUGGUGUGUCCACAACUGUAGGACCAUCAACAGGAACACCACAAUCAACAACACAAGUAUCAACAACUUCACAUACCACUGGUUUGUCCACAACAACAGGACCACCAACAACACAACCAACAACAGCUACACAAACCACUGGUGCGUCCACAACUGCAGGACCAUCAACAGGAACACCACAAUCAACAACACAAGUAUCAACAACUUCUCAUACCACUGGUUUGUCCACAACAACAGGACCACCACCAACAAAACCAACAACAGCUACACAAACCACUGGUGCGUCCACAACUGCAGGACCAUCAACAGGAACAUCACAAUUAACAACACAAGUAUCAACAACUUCUCAUACCACUGGUUUGUCCACAACAACAGGACCACCACCAACAAAACCAACAACAGCUACACAAACCACUGGUGUGUCCACAACUGUAGGACCAUCAACAGGAACACCACAAUCAACAACACGAGUAUCAACAACUUCUCAAACCACUGGUUUGUCCACAACAACAGGACCACCACCAACAAAACCAACAACAGCUACACAAACCACUGGUGUGUCCACAGCUGUAGGACCAUCAACAGGAACACCACAAUCAACAACACGAGUAUCAACAACUUCUCAUACCACUGGUUUGUCCACAACAACAGGACCCCCACCAACAAAACCAACAACAGCUACACAAACCACUGGUGCGUCCACAACUGCAGGACCAUCAACAGGAACACCACAAUCAACAACACAAGUAUCAACAACUCCUCAUACCACUGGUUUGUCCACAACAACAGGACCACCACCAACAAAACCAACAACAGCUACACAAACCACUGGUGCGUCGACAACUGCAGGACCAUCAACAGGAACACCACAAUCAACAACACAAGUAUCACCAACUUCACAUACCACUGGUUUGUCCACAACAACAGGACCACCAACAACACAACCAACAACAGCUACACAAACCACUGGUGCGUCCACAACUGCAGGACCAUCAACAGGAACACCACAAUCAACAACACAAGUAUCAACAACUUCUCAUACCACUGGUUUGUCCACAACAACAGGACCACCACCAACAAAACCAACAACAGCUACACAAACCACUGGUGCGUCCACAACUGCAGGACCAUCAACAGGAACAUCACAAUUAACAACACAAGUAUCAACAACUUCUCAUACCACUGGUUUGUCCACAACAACAGGACCACCACCAACAAAACCAACAACAGCUACACAAACCACUGGUGCGUCCACAACUGCAGGAACGUCAACGGGAACACCACAAUCAACAACACAAGUAUCAACAACUUCUCAUACCACUGGUUUGUCCACAACAACAGGACCACCACCAACAAAACCAACAACAGCUACACAAACCACUGGUGCGUCCACAACUGCAGGACCAUCAACAGGAACAUCACAAUUAACAACACAAGUAUCAACAACUUCUCAUACCACUGGUUUGUCCACAACAACAGGACCACCACCAACAAAACCAACAACAGCUACACAAACCACUGGUGUGUCCACAACUGUAGGACCAUCAACAGGAACACCACAAUCAACAACACAAGUAUCAACAACUUCACAUACCACUGGUUUGUCCACAACAACAGGACCACCAACAACACAACCAACAACAGCUACACAAACAACUGGUGCGUCCACAACUGCAGGACCAUCAACAGGAACACCACAAUCAACAACACAAGUAUCAACAACUUCUCAUACCACUGGUUUGUCCACAACAACAGGACCACCAUCAACAAAACCAACAACAGCUACACAAACCACUGGUGCGUCCACAACUGCAGGACCAUCAACAGGAACAUCACAAUUAACAACACAAGUAUCAACAACUUCUCAUACCACUGGUUUGUCCACAACAACAGGACCACCACCAACAAAACCAACAACAGCUACACAAACCACUGGUGUGUCCACAACUGUAGGACCAUCAACAGGAACACCACAAUCAACAACACGAGUAUCAACAACUUCUCAAACCACUGGUUUGUCCACAACAACAGGACCACCACCAACAAAACCAACAACAGCUACACAAACCACUGGUGUGUCCACAGCUGUAGGACCAUCAACAGGAACACCACAAUCAACAACACGAGUAUCAACAACUUCUCAUACCACUGGUUUGUCCACAACAACAGGACCCCCACCAACAAAACCAACAACAGCUACACAAACCACUGGUGCGUCCACAACUGCAGGACCAUCAACAGGAACACCACAAUCAACAACACAAGUAUCAACAACUCCUCAUACCACUGGUUUGUCCACAACAACAGGACCACCACCAACAAAACCAACAACAGCUACACAAACCACUGGUGCGUCGACAACUGCAGGACCAUCAACAGGAACACCACAAUCAACAACACAAGUAUCACCAACUUCACAUACCACUGGUUUGUCCACAACAACAGGACCACCAACAACACAACCAACAACAGCUACACAAACCACUGGUGCGUCCACAACUGCAGGACCAUCAACAGGAACACCACAACCAACUAUACACUUAACAAAAGAAACUGCUACUUCCACCAUUACUGCUACAACAUCAAAACCAUUAUCUACUACAGUGACAGAAACAUCAACAAAGUUUACAGUCUUCACACAAUCAACUGAACAAACAUCUCAUUUCACUUCACAUCAAAUAAAAAUUACAACAAGUUGUUACUGCACAUUCGCAAAUGAAACAUUCCCUCCAGGGUCUAUCAUAUACAACCAAACUGAUAAAGCAGACUGGUGCUACACUGCUUACUGCAACUCAAGUUGUUUUGUUGAAGUAACGAAGAACCCGUGUUAUAAAACUACUACAGUUCCAGUUUCAACAGUUCCAAAAGAUUGUAAUGAUGUCAACCGAAAGAAUGGAGAAUCGUGGACUGAAGAAUGUAUGACGAAAACGUGCACAGAAGGGACGGUGACCUCCACCCCUGUACAGUGUGACACAAAUGAUGCCGUGGUACCUACGUGUGCUAAUGGACUAACACCUGAGAAAGUGUAUUACAACAAUGGCUGCUGCUCUAAAUAUGAAUGCCAAUGUAAAUGCAGUGGCUGGGGUGACCCUCACUACAAAACAUUUGAUGGAACAUAUUAUGCUUUCCAAGGAAACUGUUCCUAUGUUUUGGUCAAAGAAAUUGUUCCUAAAUAUGAUUUCAAUGUCCACGUUAAAAACUAUUACUGUAACACUGCAAAAAAUUUUGCUUGCCCGGAGUAUGUGAUUGUGAACUACAAAUCCUAUAAUAUCAAGAUGACAAGCUAUAGUGAGGAUAUUCAGGUCUAUGUCAAUAAUGAUGUAAAGAUCCCAACAUAUAGUAAUGAAGACUUUACCAUCACCACGUCUGGAAUGGCUGUGACUUUGAGCAUCCCUGAAAUUAAAGCAGAAAUUUUAGUUAAUCAUCAUGGUUUUGAGGUCAAACUUCCAUUCUCUCAAUUUAGUGGUAAUACAGAAGGACAGUGUGGGGUCUGUGACAACAACCCUGCAAAUGACUGCAGACGUCCCGAUGGACAAACGGACGAAUCAUGUGGGAAUAUGGCACAACUGUGGGCAGACAGCCCAGAAUGUCAAGCAUCUCCACAACCACCAUCUACAGGCUCCAGCUGCAAUGCACAAAACUGUGAACUCAUCAAAAGCGAUUUGUUCAAGAGUUGCCAUGCAGUGGUGCCCUAUCAAAGCUACUAUGACGCAUGUAAAUAUGACAUAUGCAACAAGAAAAGUGAAUCAAUGGCCUGUACCAGUCUGGAGGCCUAUGCACGGACGUGUGGUGAGGCGUCUAUCUGUAUUGACUGGAGAAACUCAACUGAACCUAAAGGACUCUGCGACUACAAGUGUCCCGAUCACAAAGUCUACAAGGCAUGUGGACCAAAGGUUGAAAAAACCUGCAGUACAAGAUACAACGAAAUGUUUGUGCACAAUGAAUGCCAAGAUCCAAAGUAUAUGGAAGGCUGUUUCUGUCCAGAUAACACAUAUCUACUUAGCUCAACGUCAGAUCAAUGUACAGCUAACUGCGAUUGCAUUGGCCCCGAUGGAUUAUCUAGACAGCCUGGGGAUUCAUGGACCAUCAACUGUACAACAUAUAGGUGUUCCAGUGAGAGCUUUGGUGUUGUGCAAGAGCCUGUUAAGUGUCCAGAAACAAAGCCCUGUGGCGAACAAUACAAAACAACUAUAACAAACUGCUGUCCAACAUGUGAAUGCAAUAUGGAGCUGUGUCUUAUGAAGAAAUGUGACACUGGAUACGAGUUAGCAACAACUAAAUCUGAGGACAGCUGCUGUCCAGCCUGUGUGCCCAAAAAUGUCUGUGUUUACAAUGACAAUGAGUACAAGCCUGGUGUUGAAAUCCCAACAGAUUCAUGCAACCAUUGCACAUGUGGAAUGGACAAGAACCCACAGACUAACCUAAAUAUUAUGCAAUGUUCUCCAAUAAAAUGUGAACCCUGUGGAGAGGGCUUUGAAGAGGUAAAGGUUGAGGGAGAGUGUUGUGGAAAAUGUAAGCAAACAGGAUGUUUGUAUAAAAACGCAAACAACGUCUCACAAAUUCUCAAGGUUGGAGAAAUACACAGUUCUGCAUGUGAGGAGGUGGUCUGCCAGGAGGUUGAUGGAGUGUAUUUGAUUGAAAAGUCAAUAAUGCAUUGCCCGGCCUUUAAUCCAGUUGAUUGUGUGCCGGGGACGGAGAGAAUGGAUGCAAAUGGAUGCUGCAAAAUCUGUGAUCGCAAAAACUGUGCAGUUGUAAGGACCACAGAGAAAGUGAGCGCAAAUGACUGCAUAUCCAUCGAUCCUAUAGAAAUGACGUCCUGCAGUGGCCAAUGUGGUACCAAGUCAAUGUAUUCAAUGGAGCAAGGCUCAAUAAUGCACGUCUGUUCUUGUUGCCGGGAGCUGAAAACUAGCAUUAAAGAAGUGAAGCUGAAGUGUCCAAAUAACAAAGUGAUCUCGCACAAAUACAUCCACAUUGACAGCUGUGAAUGCACUCCAACCAAGUGUGAGGAAUGAAGACCGGAUAACAGAUUAUUUCGCUAUCUAUCAGACCUUGCAUUGAAUAUUUCAGAUUUGAACAUGACUCUGUUACAAUUUAAAAAAAAUGAUUUGCAAAUUUAAAGAUAAUGCUUAAAAGUAUAGCUUAAACUGUACUCGUUUAACAUAUCUUAACUGACUUAAUUUACUUAUUUUUUUCUUUCUACACUUUUUGAUUCUUCUGUAAUGUUUAAUGAAAUUAUAUUUAAUAAAUUUUAAUGAAGGUGAAUGUUAAACACAAUAAAGUAAGCAGCAAUUGA